UGCUGUCGCAUUUUUUUUUUGGUGAAUCAUGACGAAAACACGAAAUGACCCUCCACCAGCUCAACGAACGAACGAUGCUGCUGCUGCUUUGGUAAUUGCAUUUGCUGGUGAGGUGACUCAUCUCUCUCUCUCUCUCAUCUCUCCCUCUCUCUCAUCUCUCCCUUCCAAAAAAAAGCACCAAUUUUUUCGAACGCCAACGCGAAUCACGAAGAGGGUCACCGAGAAAAUGGGUGUUUGUGGGUCGAGGCCCAAAGUGAACGAGGACCUCUCAGCGAAGAAGAAGAACAACCACCACCGAAGAAGAAGAAGGAGAAUCCUCAGAAGACGCGUCUCUUCUAGAAAGAUCGAAGCUAACAACGUUUCUCACUGUAAUUCAGCUCUUCAAGCUUCUAAUCGCGCUUCUGAUGCUGCUUGGUUUGAUUCUACUUCGGCAUUGGAUUCUGAGUGUGAUGACGAAUUUUACAGUGUCUAUGAUGGAGAAGUGUCUACAGGUCAAGCAGAUGAAAUUGGAGAGUACAGAAAGCUGUCCCUGGACCAUUGUGGGAUUCUGCCAAAUACCUGUUUGCCUUGCCUCACUUCCAAUGCACUUGCUGUUGAAAAAAGAAGGCCAAUGAGUCCUGAUACACCUAGUUCGCGGAGAAAGUCGCUUUCUAAACUCUCCUUCAAAUGGAGAGAAGGGUCUUCAGAUAUGACUUUACUUUCCCCUAAGGCAUUUAAACAAAAACAUUUGGCAGGUUCAUCGAUUCCAUUUUGUCCAAUAGAGAAGCAAACCCCUGGUUCUUGGUCACAAAUUGAGCCAAGUUCCUUCAGAGUCAGAGGCAAAAACUACUUUAGGGAUAAGAAGAAAGAUUUUGCUCCGGGCAGUGCUGCUUUUUAUCCUCUUGGUGCUGACCUCUUUUUGUCUUCUCGAAAAAUUGAUCAUAUUGCUCGCUUUAUACAAAUUCCUUCAAUAAACGUACCUGGGGACGUCCCUUCUAUUCUUAUUGUAAAUAUUCAGAUACCAUUGUAUCCUGCCACUAUCUUCCAAAGUGAAAAUGAUGGUGAAGGAAUGAAUGUGGUUUUGUACUUUAAAUUAUCUGAAAAAUACUCUAAAGACCUUCCAGACCAAUUCCGGGAAAGCAUUAGUAAAUUGAUCAAUGACGAAGUGGAGAGAGUUAAAGGCUUCCCUCUAGAUACAAUUGCACCCUUUAGGGAGAGAUUAAAAAUUUUAGGCAGAGUGGCAAAUUUGGAGAAUUUAUCUUUAAGCACAACUGAAAAGAAGCUUAUGAAUGCUUACAACGAAAAGCCAGUUCUCUCACGUCCUCAGCAUGAAUUUUUCUUGGGAGAAAACUACCUUGAGAUAGAUUUGGAUGUACACAGAUUUAGCUAUAUUGCAAGAAAGGGAUUUGAAGGCUUCAUUGAAAGACUGAAGCUAUGUAACCUGGAUUUUGGUCUGACAAUUCAGGGAAACAAGGCCGAAGACUUGCCAGAGCAUUUAUUAUGUGCAAUACGGUUGAAUAAACUUGACUACAGCAACUUCAACCAGUUUGGCUUUUAAGUCUAAGCUUCAACAUAAAGAGUUUUAACCAUAAUAUGUCUCAUAAUGAUUACAAAUGUGUCACUCAUAGGUUGCUUUGAAAUGACAUUCGGUAGCUAACCGCAAUGUAUCUUUGAAUUUCUUGAUUCAUUGAUCUAAAAUUUGUACAAUGUACAGUAAUGAGAAUAAUCAAAUUGGAAAUUAUCAAUGUCUAAUUUAUCUUUCUCAAA